CUCCCGCCCCGCUUCCUCCGCCGUCUUCUCCGCGGGACUCGGGUGGGGCCCGGGAGCAGCGAGUGACAGCGACGGCGAGCGGCGGGCGCAGGACGGGGGACAGCCAUGUCGGACAGCGGGGCGAGCCGCCUGCGGAGGCAGCUGGAGUCGGGGGGCUUCGAGGCGCGGCUGUACGUGAAGCAGCUGUCGCAGCAGUCGGACGGCGACCGCGACCUGCAGGAGCACCGGCAGCGCGUGCAGGCGCUGGCGGAGGAGACGGCGCAGAACCUGAAGCGCAAUGUCUACCAGAACUACCGGCAGUUCAUCGAGACGGCGCGCGAGAUCUCGUACCUGGAGAGCGAGAUGUACCAGCUGAGCCACCUGCUGACGGAGCAGAAGAGCAGCCUGGAGAGCAUCCCGCUGGCCCUGCUGCCCGCCGCCGCUGCGGGCGCCUCCGCGGCUGAGGACCCGGCGGGCGCGGGGCCCCGGGAGCGCGGGGCGGCCCAGGCAGGCUUCCCGCCGGGCUCGGCGGGCGGCCCCCGCGACGGCCCCGGCGCGGGCGAGGAGGGCAAGCAGCGCACGCUCACCACGCUGCUGGAGAAGGUGGAGGGCUGCAGGGACCUGCUGGAGACGCCGGGCCAGUACCUAGUGUACAACGGGGACCUGGUGGAGUACGAGGCGGACCACAUGGCCCAGCUGCAGCGCGUGCACGGCUUCCUCAUGAACGACUGUCUGCUGGUGGCCACCUGGCUGCCGCAGCGGCGGGGCAUGUACCGCUACAACGCGCUCUACCCGCUGGACCGCCUGGCGGUGGUCAACGUCAAGGACAACCCGCCCAUGAAGGACAUGUUCAAGCUGCUCAUGUUCCCCGAGAGCCGCAUCUUUCAGGCGGAAAACGCCAAGGUUAAACGCGAGUGGUUGGAAGUGCUGGAGGGAACCAAGAGGGCGCUCAGCGACAAGAGGAGGAGGGAGCAGGAGGAGGCAGCGGCCCCCCGCGCGCCGCCACCGGCCACUUCCAAGAGCGGCAACCCGUUUGAGGACGAGGAUGAUGAAGAACUGGUCACCCCCGAGGUAGAGGAGGAAAAGGUAGACCUCUCCAUGGAGUGGAUCCAGGAGUUGCCCGAAGACCUAGAUGUCUGUAUUGCGCAGAGGGACUUUGAGGGCGCCGUGGACUUGCUGGACAAAUUGAAUCACUACCUGGAAGAUAAGCCCAGCCCACCUCCUGUGAAAGAGCUGAGGGCCAAAGUGGACGAAAGAGUUCGACAGCUCACCGACGUGCUGGUGUUCGAGCUCUCCCCCGAUCGCUCUCUGAGAGGCGGCCCUAAGGCGACUCGCAGGGCAGUGUCACAGCUGAUCCGGCUGGGCCAGUGCACGAAGGCCUGUGAGCUGUUUCUGAGGAACAGGGCAGCAGCUGUGCACACGGCCAUCCGCCAGCUUCGGAUCGAGGGCGCCACUCUGCUCUACAUCCACAAGCUCUGCCACGUCUUCUUUACCAGCCUGCUGGAGACGGCAAGGGAAUUUGAGACAGACUUUGCAGGCACGGACAGCGGCUGCUACUCUGCGUUCGUGGUCUGGGCUAGGUCUGCAAUGGGCAUGUUUGUGGAUGCUUUCAGCAAGCAGGUUUUCGACAGCAAGGAGAGCCUGUCCACUGCAGCUGAGUGUGUGAAGGUGGCCAAGGAGCACUGCCAGCAGCUGGGAGAGAUUGGGCUGGAUCUCACCUUCAUCAUCCAUGCCCUGCUGGUGAAGGACAUCCAGGGGGCCUUACACAGUUACAAGGAGAUUAUCAUUGAAGCCACCAAGCACCGAAACUCAGAGGAGAUGUGGCGCCGUAUGAACCUGAUGACCCCUGAGGCCCUGGGAAAGCUCAAAGAGGAGAUGAGAAGUUGUGGGGUCAGUAACUUCGAGCAGUACACAGGAGAUGACUGCUGGGUGAACUUGAGCUACACGGUGGUGGCUUUCACCAAGCAGACCAUGGGCUUCCUGGAGGAGGCGUUGAAACUGUACUUCCCAGAGCUACACAUGGUGCUCCUGGAGAGUCUGGUGGAAGUCAUCCUGGUCGCCGUGCAGCACGUGGACUACAGCCUGCGGUGCGAGCAGGACCCAGAGAAGAAGGCCUUCAUCAGGCAGAAUGCAUCCUUCCUUUAUGAAACUGUCCUCCCAGUGGUGGAGAGGAGGUUUGAGGAAGGUGUAGGGAAGCCUGCCAAGCAGCUGCAGGACCUGCGGAAUGCAUCCAGACUCCUGCGGGUGAAUCCCGAGAGCACCACUUCUGUGGUCUGAGGCCCUGGUCUGGGUGUGUGUGUGUGUGUGUGUACAGACUACAGUGUACUAUCUGUAUUUAUAUGACACUUGUCAGCACAUUCCUCAGAGUCAAAACAGCGUACACAGUGCCCUCGUAGAAACACAGUCAAAGGAGAAAAGAAAAUGUGUUGUGUCCCCAUACUGGAAUUAUUAGAGCAUAAGCCACACUUUGUACCAACUCCUUAAGGAAUGCAUGGUCACACCAUGGCAUUUCAGAUUACCCUCUGACUUGAAACACACUUCCCACCGUAGGACAUCCAGGAGCAAUGCACUUCUGUGCCACCUAGAAAAAUAUGUAAACCCCAGCAAAAUUGUAGCUUCUUGAUGGUCAGUACUAUGUAAUGCAAUGGCUUUAUGUAUUCCUUAAACUAAUCCAUUUGGAGAGAAGACAGGAGUUGGGAAAGCUGGUUUGGGAUAGAUUUGGAUAAGUGGGCAGCAGAUUCUCCAGUGUUCGUAGGUACAUGGAAAUCUUCAUAAAACAACUCCGCAGGCAUCCAAUGUUCCAUGGCUAAUUAGCAUCAUAGUAUUUUGCUCGGGUGCAUCUUUCUGGGAAUCACAAGGACUAUGGUGAAUUUUUACCAUAUUCCAGACCGAAUGAAUUUGCUGCUACAGUGCCUUUGCCAUGUUCAGGAAGGGAAAGUCAUGGGAAAAGCCCACCCCAAGAAGCCUGGCUGUGGGGAGUGGCGGCAGGCCACUGCAGGCCCCGCCUGGUUUAGGAGCCACUGAGAUUUAAGGCAAAUGCAGAGCUCCUUUUUUGAAUAUUUACUGGUAGUUCAGGGUCUGUGUAGAUUAGGAGUUAGAAAAAUAAUGCAAAUCUCACUGUUAAAGAAUGCCUGCUUUGAGCAGAGAUUUGUUUGUUUUCUUGAGAUAGGUUUCAGCCCAGGCUGGUGUCUUGGGCUGGUUUUGUACCCAAGAAAGACCUUGAAUUUCUAAAUCUAACUCCACUUCGCAAGGGCUGGGGUUACAGGUGUGUGCCACCAAGCCCAGUGUAUGCCAUGUUGGGAAACCCAGGGCUUUGUGCAUGCUAGGCAAGCACUCUACCCACUGACCACAUCCUCUGCCCUGAUGGGUGUCAUUUUUGUUUUGUUUUAUUUUUUUGUAACUUAGUAGAUAAUUGAGGAGAUGCAUAUGCCUCAAGCACAGGGAAGGGGCCUUUUGUGACCCCUCCAAUGCUGUGCUGCACUUUAAAACAUAAGAGCCAAGAAUGCUGAUGCUUCUAAUCGCUGCACUGGAAGCAAGAGGCAGGUGUAUUCAAGGCCAGC